AUGCAUAGUGGGAAGAGACCUCUUUCACCGGAAUCAAAGGCCGGAAAAAGAGAAGAGAAAGAAGAGUUGGCUUCUUGCUCAACUUUGUCAGAAUCUGAUGUGUCUGCUUUUGUGUCUGAACUCACAGAUCAACCCACCCCACAACCCGUAGAUCUGUCUUCAUCUCUUGCCCCUCAAGAACAAAGCAACUCGAGGAAACGAAACUAUAGAGGUGUGAGACAAAGACCGUGGGGAAAAUGGGCAGCCGAGAUCCGUGACCCGAACAAGGCAGCUCGUGUGUGGCUUGGCACGUUCGACACAGCAGAAGAAGCAGCCUUAGCUUAUGAUAAAGCUGCUUUUGAAUUUAGAGGUCACAAAGCCAAGCUUAACUUCCCCGAGAAAAUUCUUACCAACUCUAGUCGUCUCUAUUCACCAACCGCUUCUUCCCAUGAUCGUAUUACCGUAACGCAACCUUCACCUAUUGCUCCUGACAUACUUCUUGAUCAAUAUGGCCAGUUUAAAUCCGUAAAUAGUGAUUCAGUUGCCAGCUUUUCGAUGACGAUGUCGUCUUCUUCGUCUUCGUUGAGUCAACAAGGAGAUAUACCAAGUGUAGAGGAUGGUAAAAGCGUAAAGAAUAUUAGUACUCAUAAACGAAGAAAAUAG